AUGGCCACUAACAUCACUCAACACGAGUUUUCAUCCAAAGAUGUUUUUAAACACAAAAUACAUGACAUUGUUGGCUCUUGUGACGGAAUCCUUUGUCUUGCCAACUAUUAUAAACCUUUAAUUGUAUUGUGUAAUCCUUCCAUUAGAAAAUUCAAGGAAUUAUCCCCUUUUGAUAACCCACGAGUGGAUAGUCAGCUUAAUAUGACAUGUGGAUUCGGCUAUGAUCAUGUUUCUCAUAAUUACAAAGUGGUUGUUGUUUACCAUUUCUCUGUCAAAGGUAUUCCUGAAUACACAACUAAUGUAAAAGUUCAUACGUUGGGUACUAAUUCUUGGAAAAACACUCGGAUGUUCCCUUCUGAUACUGUUUUCACUGAGCCAUCUGGAAAAUAUGUAAGUGGCACAAUUAAUUGGUUAGUCUUUCUUAAAGGGCGUCAUAGUGAUCCACCCUUUAUUGUUUCAUUUGAUUUGGAUAAGGAGUCUUAUCAAAAGGUUUUUCUUCUGGAUCUUGGAGAGAUAGAUGUGUUUGACUUGACAUUGGGUGUGUUGAGGGAUUGCUUGUGCUUAAUUCAUGAUGACGAUGUUUGGUUCAUGAGGGAAUAUGGAAUUAAAGAGUCUUGGAUUAAAUUGUUCGACCUUUCUUACUUGCAAGAUUCAACAAAGCCUUCUACUUUGACAAAGGUAUUAUAUUUAUUUGAAGACGAUAAUGUGCUGCUGGAGUUUAUUUAUUUUGAGAAAAAGAAGUUGAUCCUGUACAAUUCCAAGAAUGGUAGUUUUAAGAAAGGUUCUUUUAAAAAUGCUGCUAUGUUUCAAAACACUUUAGAAGUUUGUGUUGAGAGUUUGAUAUCACCUUGUUUUUAA